AUGGGUGACUGCAGGCUGUGCUUGCCGCAGAGCUCUCGACUCUGUAGAGAACUGGUGCUAAAUUUUCCGGAUAUAAUGGCAGCACCACUGCAGGAUUCGACAAAUUUUCAGGUCGUUGUUUCACGAAAUUUGGUUGAAUCUGAAGAUUUUGAAGAGAAGCUCAGAUGUUUUAACAUCGUGGUUAUUUCUCGAGAUUCAUGUGGCGUGAGCGCGUUUUUACGUUGUCUACAGAAUUGUAUAACCGUUCGCCUUUGUCCUGAGUGGAAUCGAGUUGGACAUAUCUACGUAAAAGGCAUCUUUGUGAGCUACGCGGCGUCGAGAGUGACGCUGCGCCUAAUGGCGCAUGAACUAAAAUCGUCGCAAUUCAAGUAUACUCCCUGCACACAAAUUCAGAGGUGUGCCGUAUUACCCAGACUCACGAUUGGUACCGUUGUUAAGAUGGAACAAGGCAUUUAUAACCCAAAAUUCGUAAACUUCGAGGCUUUGCGCGAAUAUUGGAGAAGGAUCUCUCGUACUCGAAGUUUAGCCGCUGCGUUUAUAGAGCAUCUCACUGCAAAGAUUCCAUCGGUCUGCGGAUGCCAACUAUCGAUGUAUUAUGUGAAAAACCGAAUUUUGCGCGAAAGGCUUAUGUUCGAUGAUGAUUGGAAACAUCAUUUGCUGAUAUCCCUGAACGUUCGUACUGCGGUGGCCCACGAAUGCGAUGACGAUGAAUGCGACGCUAGCGCACUACCCGUAAAACUCACCAAGUUGACGGUCAUUUCGUGCGCUUGUCAGCGUAACACAAUCAAAGAUUAUGAACUGCGGUGUUUUGCUGAUGUUAGGUCGAUCUUGCUGAACUUUCCGGAGGUCGUUUCGCGCCAGGACUGCAACGUUUCUCUGUUCCUCCGUUGUAUUCGACAUACUAUUGACGCCAGAAUGAGUCCCGAAUGGAACAAAAUUGGGGCCAACUACAUACAAGAUUUGUUUGUCACCUAUGAGGGAUCGAGAUUGGUCUUUCGGUGCACCGGAAAAGAAUUGAAAUUUUUUCCAUAUAGUUUUGCCGACUUUUCGACGCUGUGGUUCAACGAUGGGCAGCAGAGGGAGGCGGCCAGGUCUUGUGCCGUUUUGCCAAAACUUACCAUUGGUGAAAUUGUUCGAGUGCAUGACGGCUUUCCAAGAAAUUCAAAAUUUCCUAAUUUCGAAAGCCUUUGCGAAUACUGGGAGAAUAUGUACGGAUUCAUUCUUCCGAAAAGCGAUCGAAACAAUUCGUAUUUCGAAGUUUGCUUCACGCCUCAGCGUCACAUUCCCUUUUUAUAUCCGAAUUCGUGUGUCUUGUCCAGGAAUGCUGUGGAGUUGGAUUGUGAAGAUUUUUCCCAUCCUAAAAGUUUCGUGGCGGCUUUUGUGAUGGACCUGAACGUCAAGAUUCCGACUAUCUGUGGUUGGCGGUUGUCUGUGGUUUGUUCUUUGCAAGCGAUGCAGCGCCCCUUGCCGUUGAACGAAGACAAGGAAAAUAUCCCCAUGUGUGCGAUGGUUCGCUCAGCGCCAUCAACCGCUGGACGGAAGAAUGACGAAAAUGUACAAUUUGGAAUUCAUGGUGCUGCCACACAAGAGAACUGCAGUGGAAGGCAACGUUUCAAGCAGGCGCUGCACGACAUUUUGUCAGAUCAAAACGUGCUGCUUCGCUCAACAGAACUUUCCUUUGAUGAUGUCAUCAGAAUCCACACGAGCGGCGGUGGCGGCAAAGCGACUACGGCGAUAGCAACGAUUUGCACUUACGUUGGAUUGCCUCGCGUCGCCGUGGUGCUACUGUACCAUUUUCGAAACUUCAGAAAGGAAUCAAAGCCAAAGGCAAUGCACGCCACAAAAGCGAAAAACUAA